AUGAUAUCACCACCCGUGUUUUCUACCGUGGCCUUGUUCUCUGGGCUAGCUUUGGCUCAUCCAAGCGCUUCACUCUGCCGGGUAUUAUCAGAGAAGUCGCUUGCUCAGUUCCGGGGCCAUCCGAACAGACUUAUGGCUGAGCUGAAAAAGCGUCUUUUUGACGAUGCUGUUCAUCUUGUCUCCUUGAGAAGGAGAGGUGUCGAUAAAGCUGUAGUCGGCGCUGCUGUUGGAGGCGUGCUUGGAGGCCUUUUUCUGAUCGCUCUGGUCAUUGUUCUCUUUUGGUUCCUCCGUCGUCGCCGCGGCCAUCGCCAUAGUCAGGAUGGCGAGCCAGAAACUCCACCGGAGGCCGUGACCGUUAGAACACCCUUCAUGGCGGAUCAUCCCGACUUAUCACACGGCACACACGGCGAAACUCCCGAAAAGUCACGCGAAGCGACUACACAAGCAUCGAGCGACGACGCUGCUCGUGGACAAAACGGUGUACGCUCGAGUUCGUCGCACGAAAUCGACCCUCGAUCACUACAGGAGUCAUUGCAAGGCAUCCCGACCGAAUAUACAACCGGGCUGGGGCUUUAUCAGAAAGACCAGGAGGAACCUCUCCGUGUGGAAUUGGAGGGAUCUAGCGAGCUCAGAGACCAAGUUGGCUCAUUACGGCCCCCGUCGAGAAUCAAGACGGGGCAGCGGCAGUUCAUCGCGGGAUUCAAGAGGACGAUGAGCUUCCGGCGAGCGGAAUAG